CAUAAACAUAAUAGAUCAAUGGAAAAACAGACAGUACAUAAUGAUUAGUUAAUUAACAAACUAUACAUUUUGAAAGAAAUGUGCUGGAGGAGCCAAACAAACCCAGAGGGGCUUAUAAUUUACAUAUAUUGGCUUCAUUUUUACAUAAAUAAGACAAUAAAUGCACAAUUGUAUCAAAUAUUUUUGAUAUUUCAGCUUGUAAAUGGGAAAAGAAAUAAGACUUUCUCCAAUAGCCACCAGACUGUCUGUGUCUCCUCUCCACUGUAUUUCACCCUGGCCAACGCGCAUGCCCCGGGGCAGCAAAAGGGGGAGGGGCUAAGAGGUGGGCCGACCAACAGUAGGCAAGUGUGUGUUUGUGUGCUCGUCUCAACGUAGCACGAAAAGUGUCUCCUCUCAGCAAAGACCACACACUGACGUGAGAUGUGCUGGUUAACGGUUUUUUUAAUGGUCUAGAAAGUUCUGUUUUUGUUUCGUUUUUUUAUAUUCUCUGUAUAUUAAAAACAUUCCGCUUUAUUAUUUAUUGAGCUGCCCGUUUUUCGUUUCUUGUAAAAAAGAGUGUCCGCUUCCCCUCCCCUCGAUGAAGCGCUGCGAUGCCCUCUGAUUUUGUAUCCCUCCUUAGCUCGGAUCUCGACCUCAAUUCCCCCAAAUCUCUAUACUCCAAAGAGUCGGUUUAUGACCUCCUCCCUAAAGAACUCCAGCUCCAGCCGCCGUCCGCCCAGACUGACCCGCCCACCAUGAGUCAGACGAGUGGGGGAGAGGCGGGACCUCCCCCCUCUGCAGCUUUGGCUUCAGAUGCCACCUCAUCCACCUCCAGCCCCUCGGCCUCCUCCUCCUCCCUGCCCAUGGGAGUCCCAUCCGCCGGCUCCUCUACCUCGUCCUCGGACCAUCUCAAGGUCUCCCAGCAUCUCAACUCCACCGGAGUGGACGGAGCUGGAGCUUCAGAGAUGCAAGGUAUGGAGGCUGCUGCGUCUGCCCCCAGCAGAGGCAACAGCGGAGCGAACACUGCAGCAGGAGACAUAGGGUCAGGAGGAGUGUUAUCAGGGCUGGGAGUCCAGCAGCCUCAAAACACACCAUCAAAACGGAGGCCUGUGUUGAGCAUAUCCCCGCCGCCCGAGGACCUGUUUGACGACAGCCAGAUGUCUUGCCAAGAGGAGCCUGCAGUAUCCGCUCCGACAGGUCCAGACUCGGAGCAGAGCAGCAGCAUAUGGGCCGAUGAUUCCCUUUCAAACUUCAGCUUGAUCAGUUCCAUCUCCUACAAUGACAACACAGAGGUGCCGCGCAAGUCUAGAAAGCGCACCCCCCGUCAGCGGCCCGGCCCUAAACCCGCUAAUCCAGAGGACAGCAUGGACGUGUUUGAUGCUGACAGUGCCAAGGCCCCUCACUUUGUCCUGUCCCAGCUGGGCACAGACAAGGCAGGUUCAAGCUCUCUUGAGUCGGGAACUGCCGUGAGGAGUGGAUCACUGUCUACUCAGUUCCCCCAAAGAAGUGAUGGGAAGGAGCUUAAGAUCCUGGUGCAGCCGGAGACCCAGCACAGAGCACGCUAUCUGACAGAGGGCAGCAGAGGAUCUGUCAAAGAUCGCACACAGCAGGGAUUUCCCACUGUUAAGUUGGAGGGCGUUAGUGAACCAGUAGUGCUGCAAGUAUUUGUUGCAAAUGAUGCCGGCAGAGUGAAGCCUCAUGGUUUCUACCAGGCCUGCAGAGUGACAGGACGCAACACUACAGCCUGCAAGGAGGUGGACAUAGAGGGCACGACCGUCAUCGAGAUCCCUCUGGAGCCCAGCACCGACAUGACACUUGCGGUGGACUGUGUAGGAAUUUUGAAGCUGCGAAAUGCAGAUGUGGAGGCUCGUAUUGGUGUGGCAGGAUCCAAGAAGAAGAGCACACGUGCCAGGCUGGCCUUCAGGGUCUGCAUACCCCAACCUGAUGGAUCAGCACUUACUCUGCAAGCCCUGUCAUCACCCAUCCUCUGCACUCAGCCAGCAGGAGUACCAGAGAUCCUGAAGAAGAGUCUUCACAGCUGCACAGUGAGAGGAGGAGAGGAAGUUUUCAUUAUCGGAAAGAACUUCCUCAAAGGAACCAAAGUUAUAUUUCAGGAGAACAUUGCAGAUGAUAAUUCCUGGCAAGCUGAGGCAAAGAUUGACAUGGACCUUUUCCAUCAGAACCAUUUGAUAGUGACAGUCCCGCCGUUCCACAACCAGUCAAUCAAUUCUCCAAUUUCUGUGGGAGUCUUUGUGAUGACCAAUGCUGGCAGAUCACAUGAUGCCCAGCCCUUCACCUACACUCCAGACUCUGUUACAGCCACAAGCUCAGCUGACAGCUCAAAUGUCCGAGCAGUAAAAUUAGAGGAACCCUCCCUGGUUCAGACGUGUGUGUUUGAUGGCCAGAUUAAAUCUUCUGAGCAAGCUGACUGCUCUGGUCAGCCCUCCAAACGGCAGGAGGACACACCAAUGGAAGUGUCCAGCAAUCCACCACCAACAGAAGUCUUCAAGCCGUCCGCUGACCCUCUUGUCUCAGUGCAGCAGACCUUGGAGCUCAGCUCUAGUUCUCAUCCAGUCGCAGAGUCCUUUCAGAGCCCGAUGCCCCUACAACCUGAGGAUGUGGUGCUCCCACAUGCGACCCCGGUUUUCCGGAGCCUAGAGUCUCUCAGCACCAUACAAAAGCAAGAAAUCGCCCCGACGACCUCCUUCCCAGUGGCGGGAGAUACCACAAUCCCCCCCGUGACGCCAGAAGUCCCCCAGCAGUUCCUCAGAGACCCUCAGGACAGCCUGCCUUCUGAGAGUUCCAGUAACAGUGGAGGGGUUGUCGUUGUGGCCAUUCCCCAGAUUGCAAAUCCGUCUCAGCCGCAGCCCCAACAGCCACAGGUUUCCCUGUUCCCCCAGGAAGGGGUCGCUGAGCUGGAGCGGGCAGUGAGGGAGCUCCAGGCCGGAGGUAACACCACGCUGCAGCAGGUGCUGGAGGCCGCUGUAGUCCAACAGCAGCUUAACUCUGUGCUGUACAGCCCCACGCUCUCUGCAGACUCCCUGCAGCAGCACGUCCAGGAAAACAUGAACAGCCUUAGAUUGGGAACCACUGAUAACUCGCUAUCUACUCAGCAGCAACUACAGAUACAACAGCAACAACAACAGAUGCAGCAACAGCAGAUGCAACAGCAACAGCAGCAGCAACAACAAAUACAACAACACUUUCAACAGCACCAACAACUGCAGCAGCAACAGCAAAUCCUUGGUAACCUUCAACAUCAACAACAGCAGCAACACCUACAGCAACAACAGCAGCAGCAGCAGCAGCAGCAGCAAGUUCUUGGCAACAUGCAACUCCAACAACAAAUACUAUUACAGCCACAAGACCAACAGCAUUUGCAGCAGCAGCAACAAAUCAUUGAGAAUAUUCAGCAGCAGCAACAACAACAGUUGCAACAAAAUCAGCAACAGCAAGUCCUCAACAACAUCCAGCUUCAGGAUCAGCAACAGCAAAAUCAAAUGCUGAACAAUUUACAGCAACAUCAGCUACAGCAGCAGCAGCAGCAAAAUCAAGCUUUGAGCAACUUACAACUGCAGGAGCAGCAGGUAUUGGAGAAUUUACAGCAGCAGCUUCAGGCAGAGUUACUUCAGCCCCAGAUCCACUCCUCCUCCCAAGUCCAGCAGCCGGUGUCCCUCCUUCAGCAGGCCGGAGAUCUGCUCACCAUUCAGACCAGCUUCCCCGCACAGCCGCCGUCCCACACGUCUCCCCCGCAGCAACUCUUCCAAUCGCCCAGACCCCUGGAAGAGAACCAGGGCUCCCAGCAGCAGGUCCAGGCGGCCCUGCUCCAGAACACACUGACCGUUCUGACAAGUGGCAGUCUCGCAUCCGAGCAGCAGUCUUCAGGCUCGACCCUGUACCUGUCUCCAAACCCUCAGCCCCAACAGCAGCAGCAGCAGCAGCAGCAACAGCAGCUGGCAUACAUCUCUUCCAUGGAUACAUCCAGCCAGCCGCAGUCUGUUGCAAUGUUUCAGAACCAACCACAAGCCCAGCUUUCCCAAAUGCAGCAGCAGAGCACCCCCAUGGAGCAGCAGCAGUCUCCUCAGCGGAACCAGCAGCAGCCGCCGCAGCUUCCGAUGGGCCAGCAGGGCUCCUUGUUCCAAAGUAUACCAAACCACUCACAGACAAACCCUGUCCCCCAGAGCCAGCUGUCACAACCCCAGCAGACCGGUCUGCUCCUCUGUACCACAGAUCUGAACCCCCAGGCUAUCCCCCCAACUAUUCUCUUCAGCACUCAGACUGGAGGCCCUGCCACCAUGGGCAGCAUUACUGUUGGAAUCUCACAGGCUGAACCAGCAGAGCCCAUGUCCUUCCAAGACCAGAGUUCCUCAAGCAGCAACUCGAUAUCAAACGAGAACCAACAGCAGAGCCUGUUCCAGGAGCAGCAGCCAAUGCAGUUGGGCCAGAGUUCCGGCGGCAUCCCGAACAGUCAGACCGUGGACCUGUUCCUGCCUCAGGCGUCUCUCUCCAGCCUGCAGGGCGCCAUUGGUGCGCAGGAGCUGAACAGUCAGGCUCCGCCCCCUGGCACCACCAUCUUUGUGGUACAGGGCGGUGUGGGUGUAGUGGCCAACCCGGGCCAGCAGCCACCAGAGCAGCUUUUCCAGACGACUGUGAGUGGGAAUGUGGCUCAACAAGGACAGGGCAACCUGUUUGUGUUUGGCAUCCAGAACGACUCGCCCCAGCUGCUCAACUCCUCUGGAUCCACCCUGCAAGCUCAGGGUCAGCCCCAGACCUCCACUCACAUGCAGCCCCUGUUGGAGCAGCCCAUGGCCCAGACUGCCUCCCCAAUGCCCGUCACCAUGCACGGCAGUUUGCAGAACACUCUCCAGGCACAGAUGCAGUCCAGUUUAGAGAACGCCAUGCAGACAAAUCUACAAAACGCAAAGUAGACAAAAUACAUAAAACAGCUCUGCAGCCAAGCGUACGGUCAACCAUAAAAAACAAGUCUGAUGUCUCCACUGCAGGCCAAUCUACAGACACAGAGCAAGCUUACAAAAUCAACAGCAGGCGUCAAUAUCAGUAUCAUUCAACAUGGAUCAAAAUGAGAACCUGCUGGAAAGCCCGUUAAAAGCAGUGAGGAUUGUUUGGACCUUGCGGGCACCAUGGAAAGGAAAGUUAUACAUCCUUAAAUCAACAGACAGAACAGAGCGGCAUUUUGAGUCCACAAAACUUUAAUUAAAAUGAAAGAAUUAGAAGCCCCUUUUGAAUACGAACCAAACUAUGAGCUCGUUUAAAUGUUAUAUUUAUGAUUCAUUCUAGAAGUCAUUUGCCCAUUGUCCUUGAAUUGAGGAUGAUCAGCUGUUAAAACAGCUUCAUCCAUUAGAAUGUAGUGUUUUGUUUUAAUUAUGUGAACCUACACAAAAAAAAAUCUACUCAGUUGGUGGAUAAAUUGGAAAGAGUUUUUAAAAAAAUGGCAGAGAUGGGGAAUAAGGAAACUAGUAAUAUGUGAUGGAGAUGAGUCUGUAAGAGCAGGUAGUGUAGUGAAAACAGACAGCCAUGACUUGAAUAAGUGAUUGCACAGAACUGUCGGAUGUAGGCUGAAUCUCGUUUGUUGGAUAUGUAAACUCUGACCUUUGUUUUUAAUCUAAGAGGCAAGACUCUGUGAGAUGUCUUUUUGUCUGAGACCGUGGAAAUACUGGUGAUUACCAGGUUUAAAAACACGGGGGGGGGGGGGGUGAUGAUGUCACAACAACUCAAUUUAAAUUUUAUUUGGCGAUGGAUGAUGUAAAAUAUUUAGCAAUAUGUUAAAACCUAGUGUUUGUAUUUAAAAAUAAUCUAACUAAAUUAUACUCUAAGAGUAAAGACUUAAAUGAAGUACGUGUGUACAAUAUUUGGUGGCCUUUGUGUUUGCUGGCUUCAUGGCUUGAGGGCAAAAAAUCUCCAAACAGGAAAAAAUAAAACUUACCAAAAUAGGUAUGAAUUAGUUUGAUGCCGUGCAGGAUCCUCUCCUCGUGUGUAAGAAGAGAGGGGACUGUUUAACACUCGCAGAUGAGAUUGAGACUUAGUGAAUAAUGUGACUGGGCCUUUCAUCCUGGCAACUCCUUUUGUUCUCAUACUGUCAGGCCACAUCAGGAGCUUUCUUGAUGAAAUUCUACGUAACUUUAUCUCUAUGUAGUGUGUGUGUAUCUUUUUUUUGUUGUUUUGAAGAAGAUGGUAUCUUUUACCAAAAUAAUGUGGUUAGAAAGUAACUUUCCACUAGUGAUAAAAGGAGUGUUGUGUGGUUUUAUGAACAUUUUAUCUCAAGCACUUUAUAACCUCUCUUAGCUAAUCCUUACAUCCGUCCGCAGCUCUUACUGACCCAGCUGAUUUGUACUUGGAAAAGUCCACUUAGAAGAAAAAAAAAAUGGAGAAAAAAAAACUAGAAAAACAACAUAAAGCAGUCAUCUUUGUAAAAAGUUAACACAUCUUGGCAGAGCGUUUUUACAUUUUUGUCAUGUCUAAAUAUUUUUGAAGUCUGACAACUUUAUAUAGAACGUCUGCUCACUGUUGAAUUUCCUCUUUGUAUUAAAGUCUCAGUGGUCCAGUCAAAGUCUGUCAAAAAAAAAGAAGAAAAAAAAACGCCAUUCCCACUAAAGCGUUGUCGUUUUUCAGUGUUGGAGUGGUUUGUAGGCCUCUUGUGUUUUAUACACUGACAAAAACACCCUAACAUACUGAUCGGUUUAGUUUGUGAAUUGAAAAUGAAGGAUGUUCAUUAUGUUGCUAUUUGUACUAUUUACUGUUCAGUCUGUCACUUGAGACUUGUUUUUACCUUGUGUUGUGUUCAAUAUUUAAGUUUUUUGGUCUCAGUGUUGGUACCGUGUGCAGGCUGGCGCCAUGUGAAGUUGGCAAAACCAGUAACCUGUCCCUUGUGUUGUGAAUGGGGCUCACAGGUUUAUGAAAUCUCUGUUACAUAGAGGCCGCCAUUUUGGAUCUAUCUAUGGUGCUAUGUAGAGGAGUGAGAGGCACUUCUGAUGUGAUGUUAGUACAUAACAGUUUAUACUUCUAUAUCAAAUAGCACUGACAUUGUUGGUUAGUUUUGGAGGCAGAGUUGAGUCCAGAGCUGGCUGUUGUUGUUGUUGUUGUUGUUGUUGUUGUUGUUGGGUCAGACAUACCAAAGCUCCUGUUGUGAAUCAUCUUGUCUCAUACUUGUCCCUCAUAAUGUUUACUCAUUUGUACUCAUUUCAGUUAUGCAGCUCUAACGUGGUCAUUUCAGCAUGUUUUAAGUACAAGAUUUAUAAAAAAGAGACGUUAGGUACUUUGUGUCAUGGAUCAGUUAUUUCUCCAACAUUUCCACCAGUGUGAUGUUUUCUCAUCACAUGACUAUUUUUUUUUUCAUGCAAAAAUAACACUGAUGUACUUUAAUAUUCUACAGCUGUAGCGAAACAUCUGGCACUAUCAAAGACGCCGACUUUGUUUGAGAGUAGUUCAAAAUCUUAGACGAGCAUCGCUCGUACACGUUUGUUUACAUUGACAUUAGUCGUGCUAUUUCUUUUCUCCUGCAGCUCUUAGUGAUCCAUUUUAAAGCAACUUAUCUUUUUUAGAAUUUUGUAUCCAUGUAUCAAAAUGUAGAGUAUUUUUGUAAAAAAAAAACAAACAAAAAAACGAUACUUUUUUGGUUUACGCUCUCAUAGCACACAAUAUCAUUGCUGGUCUGUUUGAAAUGAAAUGAAGCGCAGGUUGUGUUCUCAAGUGCAUGACUGAAAUAAAAAAAUGUCUUUAAAGUCUUUAUAUGUGAUUUUUCACACUUAAAUGUAGAAAUCAAGUUUAUCCUCUGAAAAUAACUCUGUGAGUCAUGACUGUCUACAAUGGGUGUAACACCCGAGUCCCACUGUCUGUGAUGUUUUCAGAGUUUUCAGAGUCCUAUCUUCACUUUGUUUACAUCGCCCGGACGGCCGGCUGACUCCUCCCCUCGUGUAUAAAAGUUGUUUAAUUGAGGGACUAGAGAAAAGAAGAAUAACAUACUGUACUCACUGCUUAACUGUGUUUCUAGAUCACGCUCAUUUCAGGUAAAUUUACAUGCAGUGUGAAGAUACGAGCAGAAUAAAGAUCGCUAGCAUUAGCAUGCUAACACAACAAUGCAGCGCGAGUUGUUUUGGUUUCAUGCUGGUGCUCAAGGGCGACAUCUGCUGGAUCAAAACAUCACAUAUAAAGCCUUUAAAUGAACAUCCAGAAAAAAUGUUUUAACAUUACACUGUUUUAACAUCAACCUGCAUAACACAAAGACAUGGGCUAGGUUUUUAUUUUUUGCGUGUGUUUGUCUUUGAUUUUACAUAUUUGUGUUCAUGCAUCUCAAAUGGCACUUUGACUUUUAUCCAUUAACUGUAGGUUUAGUGAAGAGCGCAGUAGUGAUGUUUCCAAGCAUUCCAUCCCUCUUGUUAGGGGAGUUUUAAGAGCACAUGAUGUUGCGGAAAGAAGUGCGAAAACAGUGAUGCCUCUUAAAAGCCAUACCAACACAGAAAGCCAACCUGUGACUUCAGUUUCAUGAAUGUAAAUUUUUUACCUCAUGGUGUGCAACAUAGAGCUCGCUCUACGUCUAACAUCGGACCAAUUACAGUUUUUAAAAGAAACAUAUUUUGGGACAGAGGAGGAUCAUGGGUGUGGCACAAACUGUCAUUUGUAUCUCUGUACACUUGUCAGAUUGUUUUGUGGGUGGAUGUGGUGAAAUUUUCAUGUUUUGAUGUCAAGUCCUUUUUUCAUUUUUUGAGCGAUCCAGGAUGCUCAGUCUGACUCUAAAAAUAGCCACUUCCACAAAAAAAACAAAAACAUGGUGAAACAUGAAUUUAAUGGUGAAGAUAGCACACAAUAACACAGUAUCAGUUUUGUCCUUCGGUCAUGUAAAUGAAGAUGUUAUUUAAAUGUGAAGUAUACUGCAGGGGGUAUCUUGAAUUUCAAUUGUGAUGCGUUCAACAGAACUUUGUGUGCCUUGAUAACUGAACUGUUACUCUGCUGUGUUUUCUUUCCAGUGUCCCCCCUUUGUGUCAUUUCGGCUCCUUCACCUUCUCAACAUCUCCAUACUUUUAUUUUCUGAUUCACUUUUGUUUUCUAAACACAUCAUGUAUCACAACAGCCCAUACCAAUAUAUUUCAGUUUUCAAACUUUAUAAAUCAGAAAUCCUUUGCAAAGAUAUCACCAUUUUAUUGUGCAGCUUCACCAGCGAAUUGUUUUUUUUUUUCUGUUGGAAAAAGUUUUUCAUGCCUCAUGAGAUUUGUACAUGUGAGGUCAAAGGGACGAGACAGAGGAGAUUGUUUUUUAAAGGAGAGCUUUCCUUGUGUUGAUGUGCUUGUCAACAUUACUAUCGUUGCUGUGAAACGCUUGAUCAAAAAGGAGCGACCAUUAUAAAUUAACUGUUUCAUUGCCAAUAGUGUGAGCCGUAUCUUGUGUAUUAUUCAGUUUUGCUCACUUUUUUGUCCUAGUUCGCGUUCCAUAUUUCACAUCCUUUCACAAAGUUCUGUUUUUAUCCGUUCUGUGUAGCUUGAGCUCAAUUAUCUAGCCUUAAGACCCUGCAGUCAGAAUUAAGGUCAACCCCCCCCCAGUGUGUUAUACAUCUGAAUUAUUAUUAUUAUUAUUAUUAUUAUUAUUAACAUGUACUUUGCCUUGGUCUGGACAUUUGUAUACUCUUUUGUUUAUAUCCGUAAUCCUGCUGCUACAUUAAAUGAAUUAAUAAAAAACUAAAGUGUC